GCGGGCGUCUUGAGGCGGUGGGAGGGAGCGGGACUGCAGGGAUAAACAAACGCGCACAGAAGCCGACGGUGUCCCGCGGAGCUGCGGACGGACUGUAUCGGAACCGGGUGACUUUGACCGUUUUGUCCGCUUCCAAUGCACCGAUCUCGCCUCUCAAACCAAGUUUAAAGCCGGAAUUAAGCCUCAAACGACCUGCUCCGCCCCCCUUGCCGCUCCCGCUGAGUCGGCUUAUGUGACACUCUCUCUACCGUCCCGGCGGAGAACCGAACGGAUCAUGACGGAGCUGAGGAGGCGAGGCGGCGGAGACCCCGACAGCACCGACAACAUCAGCGACAGGGAGGCAGGUGGCGAUGACAGGCCGGACCUUCCGGGCGACGCAGAGGGAGAAGGUGAUGUUGACUCCAAAGCAGACACUCCAGACGUUCCUCUGUCCACCGCAGACACGGACAACACCCCUGAGUGUCUGAACAAAGCCCUGGAGGGCCUGCCCCCCAGAUGGAAGAACUACUGGAUACGAGGAGUGUUGUCUUUAGCCAUGAUUUCAGGCUUUUUCCUCAUCAUCUACAUGGGACCCAUCGCCCUCAUCUUUGUGGUCAUGUGCGUGCAAAUCAAGUGCUUCCAGGAAAUCAUCACCAUCGGCUACAGAGUUUACCAUUCCUAUCAUCUGCCCUGGUUCAGGACGCUCAGCUGGUAUUUCCUGGUCUGCGUCAACUACUUCUUCUACGGGGAAACGGUGGCAGAUUACUUUGGCGCUCUGGUGCAGAGGGAGGAGCCUCUGAAGUUCCUGGCUCGCUAUCACCGCUUCAUUUCCUUCGCCUUGUACCUGGCAGGUUUCUGCAUGUUUGUGCUGAGUUUAGUGAAGAAGCAUUACCGCCUGCAGUUUUACAUGUUUGCUUGGACCCAUGUGACCCUGUUGAUUGUUGUAACUCAGUCCCACCUUGUCAUUCAGAACCUGUUUGAAGGGAUGAUCUGGUUCAUCGUUCCCAUCUCCAUCGUCAUCUGCAACGACAUCAUGGCCUACUUGUUUGGAUUCUUCUUUGGGAGAACUCCACUCAUCAAGCUUUCUCCAAAGAAGACGUGGGAAGGUUUCAUCGGGGGAUACUUCGGCACGGUGGUCUUUGGCUUCAUUCUGGCCUUCCUGCUGUCCCAGUUCCAGCACUUUGUGUGUCCCGUGGAGUUCAACAGUGAGACCAACAGCUUUGCAGUGGAGUGCGAGCCCUCAGACAUCUUCGUGGUGCAGGAGUACACGCUUCCUGCCGUGCUGCAGAACACGCUCCGAUGGAAAACGGUGAACCUGUAUCCGUUCCAGAUCCACAGCAUCUUCCUGUCCUCCUUCGCGUCUCUCAUCGGGCCGUUUGGAGGCUUCUUUGCCAGCGGCUUUAAGCGAGCUUUCAAAAUUAAGGACUUCGCCAACACCAUCCCGGGACACGGGGGCAUCAUGGACCGCUUCGACUGCCAGUACCUGAUGGCCACCUUUGUUCACGUCUACAUAACCAGCUUCAUCAGAGGUCCAAACCCCAGCAAGGUUCUGCAGCAGCUGCUGAAGCUGCAGCCCGAGCAGCAGCUCAACAUCUUCCACUCGCUGCACGCCCACCUGCGGGACCGGGGCAUGCUGGCCCCCGAGGCCUGAGGGGAGCCCCCGCAGGGACGAGGAGCGGAGGAGGAAGGCGCCCGCUGGUCCCGACGGUCCGUGCACACUCGCCGCGUCCUCCGCCCGCCUCCAGUCGGCUCCUCCAUCCCCCUUCGUCAGGCUCCUCCCACUCUGCUGCUCCCGCCCUCUGAGAGGAAGAUCAGACGUGGGAUCAAACGCUCUUCAUCCCAAAAACAGAUCCGGGCAUCGAACUCCGAGGCCGGUGUCUCGUGCGCUCACGUGCACACGCCUGCUCUGAGACGACCAAAGGAGCUUUGCCAGCAUGAGCGGGGCUGCGGCAGACCUGCUGCUCCCUCUGUAACCGCGCCGGGUUCUGCAGAACCUGCAGCAUGCACCGCUCCUCCUCAGCACCAUCUUGCUUUUAGGUGUCAGAUUCCUGCAGGCAUGGCGCUGCAGACCGUAGAGCAUCACCAUCAAGUCAUUUGCUGUACAUACAUUUACCGGAGAUGUUUAGCUGACGUAGACGAGCGCGGAGCGGAAACCAACGGCACAUAAGCUACCAGAAAAAAUAUAUGCAGAAAGACGCGGGAGUCUUUUGUAGCCUUUAGCAUGAACAAAGUAGAUUUUUAACAGAUAGAUGUAUAUUUGAUCAGAGCUUACUUAAACUUUAUCAGAGACUACGGUGCUGAGAUCAGGGUUCUUCUGGGACGUGGGAUCAAAGGGUUUCUGAAGCACAGCUCUGCGUCCUUUAGCAGAAAGACUCAGAAGGUGGAGUCAGGCGGUCUGUGACGCCCUCGCCAGAGCUCGGGAAGGCGGAGCUCCCCUCCCUCCCUCCGCCCCUCUGUUUGUGCGGCAGCUGAGCGCCUCACCGCCACAGACAGUCUGACACCCGGACGAUGGUCAGAGGGACGCUCCAGCACAGAAGAUGCCAAGUCAAGGCCACCAAACCGCCAUGAAUCCCUGAAACCAAGUGACCAUCGCAGGUGAUGUCACACCUGACAGAGGAUGGAAGUCCUGCUGUGGGCGGAGCCUAGACCUGGGCUGUUAGGGGGAAGGGAGGUUGUGUUUCACUCACCUGAGCGGUUGGAAUGUCAUCUGUAAUCUGAGAUGAUGUCGGUGAGGGCAGCAUUCGAUUGUUGACGUGUGUGUGUGAGUGCGCAUGUGUGUGUGUGUGCAGUAACUCCUCCACUGUAAUUAAUCUGUUAGUGAGAAAAGUGGGAGGGGCUUUUGAGCAAUACUUGAGUCCUAGGCGGCGUCGGUUCCUGAGAAAAUGAUGGAAGUUUACCAAAGAGCUGUCGGAUCAACCGCGACCCCCACCCCUCCACAGGCAGGGGGAGGGCCGCUCCUGUGCGCGUCCGUCUGGGCGUGAAACCGCUGACGUCGUCCUCACAGGAGUGAUGUGCAGAUUUUUAUUUCGUUUUAGACUCGAUGAUUAUUUAUUUAGUUGGUUUUCUUUUACCAAACCAAACCAGCUGGUACCUGGACCAGAACCACCCCGUCCAAAGGAGGACUGGGGACGUCUCUGUGUGCUGACCCGGUGUGGUUCUGGUCCAGAGCUCCUGCUGUGCGCUUUCGGCGGCGUCUUCCAGUGGAACUCGCCUGCAGCUGCGCAGACUGUGAAGGAAAAGCAGCUGACUCGGCACAAAGUCCUUCUGCCGCUGCUGAAACUUCUCACUGAAGCUUUUGCCGCUCAGAGGUUUGAACAGAGACGCAGCACUGAGUUCUGAUCAUGUCAGGAAUGUGAUGAAGGAGUUGAUGAUGAAUAAAAGUGUUUCCUUUUAA